AUGUUUUUAUGGCUUAAAUUAUUUAAAAAACUGAAAAAAAUCGAGACGUUCCCACUGGUAAUAUCCCAAUUUUUUUUCAUUUUUCCCCCAAAAAUCCUGGGAAAACCAUGGGAAUUCCUCCUUUCCCACGACCCCCAACCCCCAUUCCCAAUUUCCCCUCCCGAUUCCCGUUUUUCCGUGCCAUUCCAGAAGUGUCUGCGGCUGAACCCCGACGUUCCGGUGUGGGUGUCCAAGCAGCGCGUGCUGUGCGCGCUCAGCCACAGCCUCACGGACGUGCUCAACUACGGCCUCUUCCAGCCGCCCUUCAACGGCCGCGCCGGGAAAUUCCUGGAUGAGGAGCGGCUGCUGCGGGAAUAUCCGCUGGGAACCGGAGUGCCCGGACCCUACCUGGAGUUCCGUUACAAGCGCCGCGUUUACUCGCAGCCGCUGCUGGACGACAAACAGUUCGCCAAGCUGCACACCAAGGCGAAUCUGAAGAAAUUCAUGGAAUACGUGCAGAUGCUGAACUCGGAGAAGGUUUCCCGGCUGCUGGAGAAGGGGCUGGAUCCCAACUUCCACGAUCCCGACACCGGAGAAUGUCCGCUGACGGCGGCGGCGCAGCUGGAGCUCAGCUCCGAGAUGAUCAAAGCGCUCCGGAACGGCGGAGCCCACCUGGAUUUCCGAACCCGCGAGGGAAUGACGGCGCUGCACAAAGCCGUGAGGUGCCGGAACCACGCGGCGCUGCUGACUCUGCUGGACCUGGGGGCGUCCCCGGAUUACCGGGACAGCCGGGGGCUGACCCCGCUCUACCACAGCGCCCUGGUGGGAGGGGACCCCUACUGCUGCGAGCUGCUGCUGCACGAGAGAGCGCGCCUGGGCUGCCUGGACGAGAACGGCUGGCAGGAGAUCCACCAGGCGUGUCGCUAUGGACACGUGCAGCACCUGGAGCAUCUCCUGUUCUACGGGGCCGACAUGGCGGCGCAGAACGCCUCGGGAAACACCGCCCUGCACCUCUGCGCCCUCUACAACCAGGAAAGCUGUGCCCGGGUUCUCCUCUUCCGAGGAGCCAGCAAGGAAAUCCGGAAUUACAACAGCCAGACGGCGUUCCAGGUGGCCAUCAUUGCAGGGAAUUUCGAGCUGGCGGAAAUCAUCAAAACCCAUAAAGAAUCCGAUGUCGCGCUGGUUCCCGGAUUCCGGGCGGGGCUCCGGAUCCCGUUUUCCCGGGAUCGCGGCUGA